AUGGCUUUCCUUCUCUUCAUCUCAUCGUCGAACAUCACCUCUCAGUACCUCUUUCGCUCAGACGAAGGCGUUGACUUGCUCGUCUCCACAACCAUUGAUGGUCAAGAGCUCUCGAGCUCCGAACUUCUGCGAUCAGGAUUGCUCUCGAACAUCGUCGAUAUACUCUCACUAGACUCAGUGGCGCGUGGCCUUGCACUCGAAUGCGUCUACUUCGCCGAAGAGCAUUCGGAGGAUGAUGACAGUACGAGUGUGAUCGUUCCGUGGCGUCAUGCGCAUCUCUCGGCAGACCUGUCGGCCUACCUGCCCGCGCCCGAGCAGCAGAUAUGGCUUUGCGCACUGAAGCUCAAAUUGCUGUGGACGCGCCCUCGCGGCGUCAGCGCAAGUCAGGACGAGCAGAGCAGUCUCAGAAUGGCCUUGUGCUCCUCGCCUCUACCUUUGAAUUGUGCUGGACUCCUUCGCAAGGGCUUGUACCGAUGUUUGCGCGCGCAGCUCAUGCAGCGCUAUCCUAUGAUCUUUCAUGCUAGCUGGCGAGACCGUGUGCUGAGCGAUAUCAGACACUUUCAGUCAAUCGCGCGCUCCCUGGCACGCAUUGCCCAGCUUGCAUGUGCUGCAGAAUUGAAGCGCGAAUGGCAAGAGCUUUCGCAAGCCUUACACAAGCGGCUGAAGUCGCUGUGCCGUACAGAGAAAGUCGUCUCAACAGAAGAUGCCAUUUGCCAUGCGCUCUUUCUGCUUUGCACGCGUACCAAGCCUCCGCGGGCGACACUCAAGGAUCUCGAAUCACGCCGGAUGCGGACAGCCGAGGCCGAUGAUCAGCUUCAGAUUGCAGAUCUGAGCGACACGGGCGAGCCGGCCGAGUCUGAGCCAGACGAUCUUGUAUGGGACGACGAGUCAGACGAGACGACAGGCUUGCCCUCGAAGGCGAAUGCCCAUCACAUCGCUCGCACCAAGGCAUUUUCGAUGGUCAGAGAAAUCCGAUCCAACAGCCGUCAAGUCACUAAGCAGCCUGCUAGUCCGAGAUCUCCAACGAUCAAACGGGAGUCUUCUCAAGUCUCCAUCUUCACUCCUUCUCGCCGCAAAACGCGUGCCGAAGAUAUUGCGACCUUCUCGCUGCAUCCUAUCGGUCCUGCAUGGUUCUCGCCUACCAUAUCUGCUGAGAUGCGCGAGCUUUGGCGUCUCUACGGAGGCACAACUGCAACCAUGAAGCUCUUCCAUGCGGGCAUUCCGCCUACCAUCUUCUUCACUUCUGAUCACGCGUGCAAUCUCACUCAAAGACUCCUCAAGAUUGGCAAGGUCGUGCUCGAUCAGCAAUGGAUUCUUGACCGUAUCGCAGAGGCUUCACUCUCGUGUGAUCACCUCGAACUGUACCAGAUCCAACCCAUCCCCUCGUGCACCUGCCAGGUCUCAUCUCAUUGCCGCAAGCGAGCAUCUCCAUUCAUCACCAAGUCGCACAAACGCCAUCGCACAUACUCUAGCUCGAGCGAUCUCACUCUUGUCGGUUCAGCCUACCGCACAUAA